AUGCAAAAGCGCGACAGUGGAGCCGGCCGCGGCGGCGGCGGCGGCGGCGGCGGCAGGCAAGCCUGUGGCAGCCUCUGUCCCAACAGGGUGCAAGAUUUGGCCGGCAGGUUGGGCAAAAAGCCGUGCAAAGUAGAGAGAAAGGUGCCACGGAAGAUCCUGCAUCCCAGAAGCUGCCCCAUAAUUAUUCAUAACGACCCAUCUCCGGACUCAGUAGAGGCGGCUUUUGCUACCAUCGAUUGGCAAGAUUUAGCGGAUUGCACCUCAGUCUUUCAGCGGGAAGCUUCUACGGACGCCGCUCUUCAUCAGCCGCCCUUUGUUUUCCCCUCCAGCAUGUCAGUGCGAGCUUGUUCCCUUCGCUGUCUGGGGUGGCCAGUGGAUUUGCAGAGCCCUUCCUUGCAACCCGAAGAUGACUUUGAUUUCCAGGAGUUUCGAGAUGCCGUGGAUAAUUUCUUAUCUGAUACUUCCCCUUUGAUGGCUCCUCUGCUGGAUUUUUCUUUCCCUGUGGAUAAUGGAAGCCCCCCCAGUCCCUGCCUCCAGAAACCUGCACAAAUUGAUCCGGUCUCUCAUCUGAGCCUAGAGAGUGUCUCGCCCACUGAACAGUACUGGAAAGAACUGGCAGAUCAUAAUCAAAAAGCGCUGGGGGAUGCGCUUGUAGAAAAUAAUCAGCUUCAAGAGACAUUGACCCAAAAGCAAGAAGAAAUUGCUUCUCUGAAGGAAAGAAAUAUCCAGCUGAAAGAGCUAGCCAGCCAAGCCAAACAGCUCGCUUCUGUGCUAGAUAAAUUGAUGCUCCCUCAGAGCAAAGACAGCGCUGACCUUUCCCUCAGCUGUGGCCCUGGCAAGAGAAGCCUUGAGCAGAUGUCAGUUCCUGAGCAUGAAGAGGACAUGGAAGUGAAUGAAAUCUUAAGGGAAAUAUCGGAAAAAUGCAAUGCAGCCCUGCAGUCCAUUGAUGACGACAGAGGCCCGAAGCGUCCUCGUGGAGAGAACGAAGCCAUCCACAUGUAUGGAUCUUUCCAUGGACUGCAGACAUGCAGCAGUCAGAGUUCCCUGGACUUAAGUGGUAGUGAAUUUGAGGAAGGGGUGUCCUUCAAGACGUCCAUCAAAGAGCACUGUAACGUUAGGACACUGGCCUUUCCACAAGGCAAUGCUUUUACUGUUAGAACAGCCACUGGGGGCUACAAGUUUAGAUGGGUCCCCAGCUGA